GAGCAGACUUGUACGUCUUGUACGUACAGGUUAAAGUAAUCAAAGUGGAGUAGAAUCGUCGUUGUUGACAAAGUAUUUAAGAAAGAAUUAAAAAUACGAGCUUAAGUUUAUUUAUCAUUUCGUGUGUAUCAGUGAUAUAAGGAUUUAAAGAACGGACGCCGGUUGUAGCGUACCGUUCGAAUUAUUAUAAUCAGCCGAAUGGCUAUUAAGAAAGCGCAACGUACACGUGCACCGUCGCGGCGGAAACCUGCUCAGUUAAAAUUAAAACACAAAGAACAACAAAAUGUGGCGAGGAAUAAUAAUAGUGGAGACAAGAAAGCGGCGGUUAUCGCGCAGGAAAUUAAAUUCGCUCGUUUACUGUCGAGUAAAGAUAAAGUGAUACGAGACAGAGUGUUGAAAAAUUUGAGGAAAUGGUUAACAGUUCGUUCGCAGAGUUCCUUUCCAUUUACAGAAUCAGAUUUUAUAAGACAAUGGAAGGGUUUAUUUUAUUGCAUGUGGAUGUCGGAUAAACCUUUGAUUCAAGAGGAAUUAGCUGAAUGUCUUAGUAAAAUUGUACAUUGUUUUAAAACUAGGGACGUAGCAUUGCUGUACACGGAAUGUGCAUUGAAAACGUUAGGUAUCGAAUGGUUCGGUAUAGAUCAUUAUAGGCUAGAUAAAUUUUGUAUGGUAAGCAUCACAACAAUCGGUAUUUAUUNCGAAUUCCUUAUACCUAUGGAAGAUGAAAGGCGAAUUAGAUUUAUCAUGAAAAACAUUUUUAGAUAUUUAAUUUUCCAAUCGGAUGUCGGUAUGGAUUAUAUGGAAAAGUUUCAAGCUUGGAGAAAUGCUGGUUUUCCAGCUGGCUCGAUCGAUGCUAUGGAAAAACUCGAAUUGUCAGAUGAAGAAGUAUUUGACGUGAAUGAAACAAGAAAAUCUGAAGAGAAACAGUCUGCUUCCCAGAGCAGAGAGACGAAGCAGUCGCAGGACACGGAGAAACCUUUGGAUCCAAGAGCUGGUAGAGUAAACGUGGAAUUGCCGCAAAUACCUUUCAAUGCGAAGGACAUAGUUGCUCUGUUAGAACAAUAUAAAUUUCAUCCUUCGUCGACGACCAAAUCUCGUAGGCAAUUACGUCGUCUUAUCAAAGAAUUUACCGAACUCUCGCAAGAUAAAAUGCCGCUGGGUAUUAAGGAGAUAAUCGUGCCAGAAAAAUCGAAGAAAGAGAUGGAAUCCAAAUCAGCUGCGAUACGGCUUUUGAAAUUCGAACAAGAAUUGUAUUCGGAUACGCUACAUAAAAAGGGUAAGAGAAAAAAAAAUGGCCAAUUGACAGAAGAGAAGAAUACUGACUUUAGCGAAGAGGAAUUUGGAGAUUCUGACGACAAUGAAAAUUACGUUGCUCAAGUACACGAAAAUAAAAUCGGGAAGAAGAGGAAGAUGAAGCAUAAAUUAGAUGAUAAAUUAAUAAAUACGCAUUCAGAAAUAUCAGACGACGAGGUGGACGAUGAGCUUAUUUCGAGGAAAAAGAAACUGAAGAAGAGGAAGAUACAAGGUGACACGGAUGAAACUGUGAAGAUGGACGCAGACAGCAACUGUAAAAACGAAUCGAAAAAUUCAUCCACAGUGAUUAAUAAAGAAGCUGAUAAAGAAUUGAAAUCAAAAGGAAAUAAAAGUAAAUCUACGAAGGUAUUAAAUGUCUUCGCGCAAGUUAAGAAGAAGAAAUCUAAAAAAUCGAAAGUUAUUGGAAAGUGGAACGUUUCUGAUAACGCACCGCUCCUUGAUAACAAGACUGCAGCAGCAGCAGCCGAACAUUCAGAAACAAUCGAGCAGGAACCCAAUGAUAAUAGCAUGGUUAACAAUAAACAACCAGUAUGGUUAUUACCUAUAUUUUCAAAAUUAGGAAACAGAACCCAGCAAACUUCGAAAAGUAAAAUGGCAGCGAUUCAAAGUACGAACUCGAAGAAACGAGUAAAGAUCGCUCUUCAACAUAACACUGCUCAACAUACGUCCGAAUAUAUGUUACAAAUUCGUAGGAGUCCAGCUAUACCUUUCGACGCGAACAAGAAGCCACCAGCAGGUGUAUUGAAAGCGAGUCCUAUACCGAGUCCAAUAAAUCCAUUUUACAGAAGAGCUGUUAUAUAAAAUAAUCGAUGUGACGGUAACAAUUAUUUGUUAUUAUUUACAUCAAUUAAAUAAACACGUGAUCUUUGUUCAAUCGGGCUUGUUCCAACGAUCAUAAUUACAUCCUCAACGGAUUUAUUCAUGUGCUUAAUCAGAUUUCUAUCUACGUGAAUAAAAUGUAUCCUCUUUAUA